UUCAGGUGGCUGGACUGUCACCUUCGGUCGCGGAAAACGGCGGCCUUCGGCCUCUUCCUACCCACGGUCCACCUCCAGGAGGCGGGCAGUGGCGAGAGCCGUCGCCUCCCCGCGCCGCCUUCUCCCCCCUCUUGCCCGCGGGCCGCCCUGACUGGCAGGCAGUUCGGCGUCUGCGGCUGACGGGCCGGAGUGGCGCGCGAAGGAGUCGCGUCUGCGGCCCCAUUUGCACGCCCGCGCAGCAGGCGAGAAGCGGGGCAGCAGCUGCCGGGAACCAUCGCCGAGCGGAAUGAAAGCGAAGUCUCGCACGGAGGGUUUAAGGUGAUUGUGGUCUUUUGCAACUUUUGAAUCAUUCCGAUCUUCAAGAGACCAUUUUACUCACCAAGUCUUGCUGACAGUGGAUAACAUCUUGAGAGAUUCUUUUCUGUUAGCAAUGGAGAAAUAUGAAAAAAUCAGUAAGAUUGGGGAAGGCUCCUAUGGAGUUGUUUUCAAAUGCCGGAAUAAAGACACGGGGCAAAUUGUUGCUAUCAAAAAGUUCCUGGAAUCUGAGGACGAUCCUGUUAUUAAAAAAAUUGCACUUCGAGAGAUUCGGAUGUUAAAGCAACUGAAGCAUCCCAAUUUGGUCAAUCUUCUGGAGGUCUUCCGGAGGAAACGAAAACUUCACCUGGUCUUUGAGUAUUGUGACCAUACAGUCCUUCAUGAACUUGACAAGAAUCCACGUGGGGUCCCAGAACAUCUUGUGAAAAGCAUAACUUGGCAAACUCUCCAAGCAGUGAAUUUUUGUCACAAACACAAUUGCAUACACAGAGAUGUAAAACCGGAGAACAUUCUCAUAACGAAGCAUUUUGUCAUUAAGCUCUGUGAUUUUGGAUUUGCUCGCAUCUUAACUGGGCCUUGUGACUACUAUACAGAUUAUGUGGCUACCAGGUGGUAUCGUUCUCCUGAGCUCCUUGUAGGUGAUACUCAGUAUGGCCCUCCUGUGGAUGUCUGGGCUAUAGGCUGUGUCUUUGCUGAACUGCUUUCUGGCAUCCCUCUCUGGCCUGGAAAGUCUGAUGUGGAUCAACUUUACUUAAUCAGGAGAACAUUAGGUGAUCUCAUUCCCAGGCAUCAGCAAGUCUUCAGCACAAACCAGUUCUUCAGUGGGGUGAGGAUACCCGAUCCAGAAAGCAUGGAGCCUCUAGAAACGAAAUUCCCCACUAUUUCUUAUGCUGCUCUGGCAUUUAUGAAGGGCUGUCUCCAUAUGGAUCCCACUGAAAGGUUGACCUGUGAACAGCUCCUUCAGCAUCCUUAUUUUGAUAGCAUUCGGGAGGUAGAACUUAUGAGGGAACGAGAAAGAUCCAUUACACGGAAACCAAACCGGCCACCUCGAAGGCACAUGCCUGGGUAUCUGCCCCAAUUAACCAGCAGCAACAUUUUACCUGCUUUGGAUAACAAGAAGUAUUACUGUGGAACAAGAAAACUCAACUACCGUUUCCCAAACAUCUAAAAAAAAAAAAAAAG